UUCCGUUUGUUUGAGUUGCGGCUCAGCUCGCUGAUUGGCCACAUUUGAAAAAUCUGUUUCUGACGAAGUAGAGGGAACGUUUGAAUUGCGGAUUUUAUGCAUGGACAAGAAGGCAACGGCAUCGCUAAGUUAAACUAAAACAUCUCAGCAUGAUCAGGCAAAUGAAGGGCAAGACGCCCCGGCGCCCUCCGCCGAAAAAGAAUUCUAACAACCAGAAGGACCCUGUUGGAGUGUAUUGUCGUGUGCGACCACUUGGUGCAGAAGAUGAGGAAUGCUGUAUUGAGGUUAUAAGCAACACCACAAUUCAGUUGCAUGCCCCUGAUGGGCUCAAAGCCAACAGGAAUGGGGAAUACAAAGAGACACAAUACUCCUUCAAAAAAGUGUUUGGAAUCAAGACAACACAGAUGGAGUUGUUUGAAGAUGUUGCCAAGCCUUUAGUGGAAGAUCUCAUUCACUGUAAAAAUGGUCUGUUGUUCACCUAUGGUGUUACUGGCAGUGGUAAAACCUUUACAAUGACUGGUUAUCCGGGUCAGGGUGGAUUGCUUCCGCGUUCACUCGACAUGAUAUUCAACAGCAUCGGUCCCUACCAGGCCAAGAGAUAUGUUUUCAAGCCUGAUGAUAAAAAUGGCAUGGAGGUCCAAAAUCAGGUAGACGCACUCCUGGACCGACAAAAGCGAGACAGUCAGACAACUGUACCGAAAACUCCAACAACAAGACGAAUAGACCCAGAGUUUGCUGACAUGAUCAGUCCAGAAGAGGCUUGUAAGGCUGAUGGAGUGGAUGAGGAUAGUAGCUACAGUGUCUUUGUCUCUUACAUUGAGAUUUACAACAACUACAUCUAUGAUCUCCUGGAAGAGACUCCCUUUGACCCAAUAAAACCCAAGUGGAAUGGUGCAGGCACACCUCUGCGAAGCAACACUGAGUUCAUACCACCACAAUCCAAAUUAUUGCGUGAAGAUCAAAAUCACAACAUGUAUGUGGCAGGGUGCACUGAGGUGGAGGUCAAGUCAACUGAGGAAGCUUUCGAAGUCUUUUGGAGAGGUCAGAAGAAACGGAGGAUCGCUAACACACAGUUGAACCGUGAGUCCAGUCGCUCUCAUAGUGUGUUCAUUAUUAAGUUGGCACAAGCACCUCUGGAUGCAGAUGGGGACAAUGUGCUUCAGGAUAAGAAUCAGGUGAACGUAAGUCAGCUGUGUCUGGUGGAUCUGGCUGGUAGUGAACGCACUAGCAGGACCCGGGCAGAGGGAAACCGUCUUCGUGAAGCAGGCAACAUCAAUCAGUCUUUAAUGACUCUCCGCACAUGUAUCGAGGUUCUGAGAGAAAACCAGAUGUGUGGCACGAACAAGAUGGUCCCAUACAGAGAUUCUAAAGUAACUCAUCUAUUCAAAAACUACUUUGAUGGGGAAGGCAAAGUACGAAUGGUAGUUUGUGUCAAUCCGAAAGCUGAUGAUUAUGAGGAGACCCUGCUUGUGAUGCGUUUCGCUGAGAUGACUCAGGAGGUCGAAGUGGCCCGCCCUGUUGACAGACCCAUUUGUGGCUUUGCUGCUGGCCGCCGACAGAGGAAUCAGGCCUUUAAAGAGGAACUGACCCGCAGGCUAGACGAACGAGGAGGUCCUAUAGAUGGAGAGUCUCCAUCAGUAUUUAGCCAACUGCUGCUGUCCUUUCCCGCACUGCCUCCCUGUGAGAUCUCUGGUCCUAAUGAUGAUGUUACUCUACCCAGACUUAUAGAAGCACUUGAGAAGAGGCAUAAGAUUCGCCAGAUGAUGGUUGAGGAGUACAAUAAAACUGCCAACAUGCUGAAAUCCGUGCUUCAAGAGCAGGAUGGUAAUAUCCUUUCCAAAGAAAACGUUAUCAGCGAGCAGCGUGGCAAGCUUGGCGAGAAGGACAAAAUGAUCCAGAACCAGAAGAACGAGAUCGAUCGUCUGGAAAAGAAGUCCAAGAUGCUGGAGUACAAGAUUGACAUUUUGCAGAAAACCACCAACAUCUAUGAAGAGGACAAGCGAUCUCUACAGCAGGAAUUGGAAAGCCGGGAACAUAGGCUUCAGAGGGAACUGUCUGAUAAGAGACGCAUGGAAACCCGCAUGCAGGGCAUGGUCAGUGAUGCCAAGCUUAAGUGGGAGAAGGAGUGUGAGAGGCGGGUAAAUGCCAAGCAGCUAGAGAUGCAGAACAAGCUCUGGGUAAAGGACGAAAAACUGAAGCAGCUCAAAGCCAUCGUGACAGAGGGGAAAUCAGAAAACCGGCAGCCCCAGCGGCCCUCUAGAGAAAAGGACAAAGUUCCCCCCAAAAGAUCCGCCUCACCAUCGCCGGUUCCCUCUUCCUACGAUAGCUCCCAGUCAUCCCUGGAGCCCAUAUAUAACUACACUCAGAUGGUCAGGCCAGCUCCUUCCUCCCCCAGACAAGGCAGUGUUUCUGUGGCCUCCUGCAUCUCUGAAUGGGAGCAGGGAGUCCCACAGUGUCCCAGGCAGGGUAGCCAGUCACCUCCAGACAGUAGGAAGAGAGUUCAGGGCCUUCCCAACAGUCUUGGAAGAAGGAGAGGCAGGUGCUGGUCCAAAGAAUAUGAAGUGCCUGCCCAGCCAGCAGAUGUAGACCUAGAGGAAGCUGAUCACAUGACUGUGCCGCCAGUUCGGCCUCUACACAGACGCUCGCACUCCGCAGGUGGAGAGAGGUGGGUCGAUCACAAACCCACCACUAAUGUGGAACUGGAUACAGUCAUGCAGCCAAACCUCCCCAAUGCCAUCAAAGUGUCGGCUCCUAGUGAAAAGGCUCUGUCCAAGUGUGACAAAUACGUUUUGACUCACCAGGAGGUGGCUUCAGAUGGGGAGAUUCAGACCAAGCUAAUUAAGGGUGAAGUGUUCAAAACGAGAGGUGGAGGACAGGCAGUUCAGUUCACAGAUAUUGAAACCCUCAAGCAAGAAAUCCCCGUUCCCACCAGUCGUAAGAGGCGAUCAUCAGGGUCUGGUUCCACCCCUGAGGGUGAGCCUAUGGAUGGGAACUGGACUGAUGUGGAGACAAGGUGCUCUGUGGCUGUUGAGAUGAGAGCUGGCUCAAAUCUGGGACCUGGAUACCAACACCAUGGAUAUCAAAAGCGCAGAAAGCCUUAAGACUGCACUCGCAUUGCCAUCACAGACGAGUCCUUUUCUGUUAAAGCCUCUCAUCACUGUGUGCAAUAGCAAAUUCACUUUAUAAUAUUUAACUUUUUAAGAUGCUUUUAUAUGUAAAAAAGUCUUUUUAUAAUUUAGACAACUUCACCAAAGCUGUUUUUGUCUUGCUGUUCAUGUGUACAAUGAAGGUCUUUGGGUGGGUUUAAAUACAAAAUGUUUUGCAAAUGUUUCAUUUUCUAGCUGUCACUUGAACACAACUACUUGCUUGUAUCUUUUUUUGUAUGUACUCUAUUUUGUAUUUGGGCAGUUAGGACGAUCAAAACGUUUGCUGGUGUUUUCUUUAAAAUUAUUUUUGUGUAGUCAUUUUUAUGACUUGCAGUACAAGUAGGCAGCACCUUGGAGAAGCACUCUGUAUUUCUCACUUGUAUUAUAUCGCUGCAGACAAAAACUGUUAAUAAACAGCAUUUGAUGCUGAAUGUGUUCA